CGCAGGUUGAAGCACUGAAAUUCAGCUGCACGUUUUCUCAGAAAUUCACUCAUUUGUAUAUGUAGUUCAUGAUGUAGUAGCAACUGACUACAGACAUGGGGAUAUAUCCGUCGUUAGUGACAAUAAUUUUAGUUGUUAUAUCAGUAAAGAGAACACAACAGGCAGCUAUAACAACUGAUUUUACAUUUUCCACAAUAAAAAGAGAAACAAAUUCUGAUGUGAAUGCAGACUCUGGUGUGAUCAUAAGCAUUACUGAUAACGCAGUGACAACCAAUGUUCCCGAUACAACAACCAAUGAUCCCCAUGGCACAACCACUGACACCUCUGGUAUAACCAGCGAUCACCAUGGAACAACCCCUGAGUCCCACAGAACAACCCAUGGGGAUACAACACAUUCUGAUGAAGCCCAUGGUGGAUCAGGGCAUGGCCGAUAUCCGGUAGUAACAUUCAACUUUGAGCAUGUUGCUGCCCCUUAUGUCAUAGCACUAUGGGUUCUCUUGGCAAGUUUGGCCAAAAUUGGAUUCCAUUUGCAGAAUAGGCUAGCCUCAAUCUUCCCAGAGUCCUGCAUGCUCAUAAUCCUUGGGGUGCUUCUUGGAUUGAUUUUCUUCCUCGUCAAUGGCCUCCAUCAUUCGUUAUUCUACACUUUAGAUGCGACAACAUUUUUCUUAUUUCUGCUGCCACCUAUAAUACUAGAAGCGGGGUAUUUCAUGCCAACUCGGGCAUUUUUUGACAACAUUGGAACGAUAUUGACAUUCGCAGUAAUUGGUACUCUAUGGAAUACAUUCGCAAUUGGACUUUGUUUAUAUGGUCUUAUAUAUGGUGGCGUCAUAGAUUUGAACCUUGGAUUUUUGCCGUGCAUGGUAUUUAGCAGUUUGAUAUCAGCAGUGGAUCCUGUUGCAGUUUUGGCAGUUUUUGAAGAGAUUCAUGUCAAUGAAGUGUUGUACAUCGUCGUGUUUGGGGAAUCACUACUUAAUGAUGCUGUUACUGUGGUUUUGUAUCACAUGUUUGAGACAUACACUGAAAUGGGCCAGGAAGAGGUCCAAGCUGUGGAUGUCAUAUCUGGAACAGUGUCAUUCUUUAUUGUUGGAAUAGCAGGCCUACUGUUUGGUGUCAUGUUUGGGCUCCUUGCUAGUUUUGUGACGAAGUUUACAAGUCAUGUGCGUGUCAUUGAGCCUGUGUUUGUAUUUGUCAUGGCAAUGUUAGCAUAUUACAGCGCAGAGAUUUUCCACUUCUCUGGCAUUAUGGCCCUUAUUUUCUGUGGGAUUUCAAUGAAGAAAUAUGUCGAACAAAACAUUUCUGCCAAGUCCCACACAACAGUGAAAUACUUCAUGAAAAUGUUAUCCUCAAUUAUGGAGACCAUCAUCUUCAUGUUCCUUGGUCUCUCCACAGUCACUUGGAACCAUGCUUGGAACACUGGCUUUGUCUUCUUCAGCCUUCUCUUUGUCUUCAUCUUCAGGUUUAUAGGUGUACUUGGACUUACUGCAGUCUGCAACCAUUUCCGUGCCAUCCAGAUCAACUAUGUAGAUCAGUUCAUUAUGGGAUAUGGUGGUCUCCGUGGCGCUAUUGCAUUCUGUCUUGUCAUCUUAUUGGAUGAAAAAGUGAUUCCUGAGAAACAGGUUCUUGUAACGACAACUAUAGUGAUUGUCUACUUCACAAACUUUGCACAAGGUAUAACCAUCAAACCAAUAGUGAACCUGCUCCGUGUGAAGAAACAGCUAAAAUUCAAACCAUCUUUGAAUGAAGAAAUUAAUGGAAGAUUGAUGGAUCACACUAACGCUGGCAUUGAAGAUAUAGUUGGUACAUACGGAUCAAGUGGCAUAAGAGAGAGGUAA